AUGGCCUUGAGCAUUGCUAUUGCCGGCGCUACUGGGAAGUUGGGGCUUCCGAUUGUGAUGGCUCCGCUGGCUGCAGGGUACCAUGUCACUGCCUUUACACGACAACGCUGUAAUAAUGCCUCGAAACUUCUUACAAGGUCCAACCUUUCAGUAAUUGAAGUCGACUACUCUUCAAUCCAGUCUCUCUCUACUCCCCUCAAAGGCCACGCCGUCAUCGUCUCCGCUCCUACCUCUACAUCAGUUGACGACCAAAUCCCUCUUAUUGACGAUGCUAUCAAAUCUAGGGUGACAAAAUUUAUCCCAUCAGAGUUUGAUAAUAUUGCUACAAACUCCAAGGGUGACCAACUGCCAAUGUUUGAGGGCAAGGUCAAAACGCAUCCAUAUCUUGAGGCGGUUAUAGCCAAGAAUCCUGAUUUCAGUUGCACGGUGAUCUGCAACGGCGCUUUCUUGGAUUGCGGCCUCGACAGCUUCCUUAUAGACGAUCCCAGACACAUAGCUACUGUCUAUAAUAGCGGCGACAUUCCAUUCACAGCCACUCGACUUGAUAUUAUUGGUAACGCCACCGUCGGGGUCAUUAAACACCUCUUCGAGACGGCUAACCGUCCAAUUUACAUCCAGGACGCUGUUGUUACCAAAAAUACUGAUAGGGUACGUUAA